CCUCUCUUCCUCCACCUCUUCGUCUACUUCUUCCUCCCUCGCUGUUGCUCUCUCUCUCUCUAACACAUGGAUUGCCUAGCUCUAUUUGAAUGCAAGAAAACUUUUCCCAUUUUAUCUUUGCCACAUCUUAGUGCCUUUCCGACAUUAGCACGUGUUGUCGCUCAAAACUUGCAAUGUUCUAAAUUAUUCUCCAUUCUUCACUUUCGCAAGUUUACAUCUGUUUUGCAAAUACUUUUACGGACCAUGCAUAUGAGAGAUGUUGCUGGAGCUUCGAAAUCCUUAUUGCAGAAUAACUAUGACAACUGGAUGCAUUAUCUGACUGUCUGGAUCUGAAGUUUACAUUUGUGCUUCUGCUAAUAUUGUUUGCAUCACAGAAACUUUCACCAAUAGAUUUUACUUUUCAAAUUGGUUCAAUAUGUCAGAAAUUGACAUGGCGGUUAUUAAACCAGAGAUGAUGAAGCCUUAUAUCUGGCUUGAGACAUCAGAUGGUUCAAUCCAGCAAGUGGAACAAGAAAUUGCAAUGUAUUGCCCUUUGAUUUGUAAAGAAAUAAUACAAAAAGGGAUGGGAUCUUCCAAGAAUUGUGCAAUAUGUCUUCCUCAACGAGUCAGUCCUGCAACAUUGAGCUUAAUUCUUGAUUAUUGUCGUUUUCAUCAAGUACCAGGUCGCUCAAACAAGGAAAGGAAGUCUUAUGAUGAAAAGUUUGUUAGGAUGGACACUAAGCGGCUGUGUGAGUUGACAUCUGCUGCAGACAGCCUUCAGUUGAAGCCAUUGGUUGAUCUUACAAGUCGUGCACUUGCCCGGAUAAUUGAAGGAAAAUCUCCAGAGGAGAUACGUGAAAUAUUUCAUCUGCCUGAUGAUCUAACUGAGGUGUCUGGUGCUUGUGAGAACUCUGAAGAGAAGUUGGAGCCCUUGAAAAACACAACUGAUGACCCAAGGAUCAGGCUUUUGAAUAGAUUGUAUGCCAAGAAGAGGAAAGAACUAAAAGAGCGUGAGAGGUUGAAGAGUGUUGAAGUUGAAGAAGAGCAUAUAGAUAAACGUUCCGUUGAUGAUCUCUUGUCUUUUAUUAAUGGAAAUGAAGAUCAAAAGGGCAUUAAAACUUCUAAGAAUAAAAAGAAAAAUAGAAGGAAAAAAGAGCAACAUCAGAAGAACUCUUCUCUGAAGGAAGCUUCUGGAGUGAAUAAGAAGGAAGUAAAUGGUCAAAACAUCAGACCUCCAAAUUCUGAAGCUGAUAUAAUUGCUGAGACUUCAAUUUCACAUACAGAAGAUGUUUUUGCUCAUAAGGAGUUUGAUGAUGGAGAUAUAGAUGAUGGGAUUGAUCCUGCACUUAAGGAAAAAAUUGACAGGGAAGUCGAAGAUUUUGCCCGACGAUUAAAUUCUGACUGGCCAGAGAGGAUGCAAGAACUUUUAUCGUCUGGACAAGAAAGGAAGACGAUGCUUUUUAGUCCCAAUGGAAAUAGUUUUCUACGGCGAAAUGCUUAACCAUGGUGCCCUAUCAUUGCCAAAGAAACUUCUAACCUUACAACUGAACUUGGCCACAUUAAUUUGGAUUGCGACUUGGAUGCGUUGGAAAUGAGUUCGUAAAAGAUUGCAAGGCUACCCAGAUGACUAAUGGCUUUAACAAUUUUGAGAGAUGCUGACACAUGCUAGAAAAUUGUUGCAUGUCAGUUAUUUUUAUUUUACUGUUUAAAUUGAUUCUUUGUUGUUCAUUAUUAGUGUUCAUCUCUGGUGCUAUUUGCUGCUGGGGGCGUUCUCUUGUAAACUUAUAGGAAAGAAAUAAAAAAGGUUGAGGUUGUGGAUUA